AGUAUCCACCACAAUCCACGUGCAAUCCAUUUUGGUGACUGUUGCGCUGCGUGCUCUGUUACCGAUUUUACCAAUUUUAUGUGCCUGUAAUGAGUCUGUAAUAGAUGUCGAAUGGACAAAGUGUAAUAAUGAGCAGCGUGAUAUUAAGAGACCUUUUCGAAUGCAUAAGCGUUCUUACGUCAAAGGAUACAGCGGAAAACUCUUCGGCCACCGAUCUGCAGUUGGCUUCGAUCCUACAGCAGAAGAUAGAAACUGUACAUCGCAUCAUCGAUCUCAAACUGAGCCUCAAGUCUCUCUUUGAAGAGGACGCUCCUUCAAUUUUCGUCCCAUUAGGAGGUGCCUACACACACGUCUUGUACCUCGAACAUUGCCUCGUGUGUCUUAAUACACUCAUCACGCUGCUGAGGGAGACGGACACACGGGGCUCGGGACACCCGGUCGGUGCUGCUGGAUUAUCGCCGAGUGCUCUGAGCAUAUCGCAACAGCAGUGUGUGCAAUGCCUGUUGCAGUUUAUAGUGGGACUUGGUAUACACCCCAACCUUUUGCCCGGUGUUGGGGUGCCAUCCAAAAUCCAGAAGAGCGGAGAACAUUUGACACCGUGCAGAAGACAUAGGGUGCUGGUGUUGACCGUGAAGACGCUGCUGAACUGCGCGGACGUUGUUCCGUUGUGGGAUUUAGUAGUUCACAAGCAUCUGGUCGACCUCUUGGCUGCACUCUUUCAACUGUGUCACGCACCAAUUAAGAAGACUGCUGCGGACGAUUCGAAGCAUGAUGUGCCACCUUCGGACGUCCCCUUCAGCCUCAGAUUUCUCAUAGAGAAAUGUAGAGAGGAAGAUGUGCCUGACGCAGAACUGAUAGCAGAGAUGCACGCAGACAGAGCCGCACUUACGAGGGAAUUGAAUCGUCUUCUGGAGAGCACCUUCCAGCCUUUGCUAGUGAGGGAUCUCCUCUUGCUCAUGUCCUAUCCAACGUUGCUUCAAAGGCAUCAUCAGCUGGCAAAAAAAACACCCAAGUGGCUGAAAAUGACGUGCGGCCGAAUGUUGUCCGCAUGCCUGCUUAAAAAGGACGGACUGUCGAGGGUCAUCCUCGGUGUCGUCGACGCCUGGUCGAUCUCUUGUUCGGACGACACUCCAAAGGAACACGAUUGGAUGAAGUAUGACGCAUUUGCGAGGACCGUCGCCAACGUUCCAAACAUAGAAGGUAUAACAGCCGAAGAGUACUAUGAGAGGAUAGGUCCACAGGUGCUCGAACUUGUCCGCAGGACAACGGAUCAUGGUGCAGACAAGGUGGCGUGCCUCAUUGCCCACGGAAUUCUGGGAGCCAUGCUUGAAUCACGGCCACGUCUUUCGUCCCGUUGGGUCUUGCGGGAUCUCUUUCAUCCACUGCUGCAGUGCAUGGUGCUCGAAGAUACACAGCCAGAACAGAUUCAUCACGAGAUUUCUGAAAACGGUUUCGGCACCUGUAUCGAUCUUGUUCACAGGAUCUCGUGCAACAAACACCUGAACCAAGCACUGAUAGACGCCGUUGUGCCUCUGCUGCCCAUCCUCUACGAAGUUCAUGUAUUUACGCAGGGUUCUGUGUCGUACCUAAGGUCUCUCUGUGAAGCGAUUAUAUCAUCUACGCUAGCUUCACAGGACGCCGCAUUAGCGGUGUCCAUAUUGCACUGGUGCGUCUUCCGCGAGAAGCCACUGCAGCAAUGUGGCAGUCUUCAACGAGACGUAACCUUCUCGUUGGGUGCCGAAGGUGGCGUCAAAAUAAAGCGAGCAUUACGAACGCUUAGUGAAGACGAGUGGGUUGAACACGUAGAUAAAAUCACAUCUGCAUUGAGAUCUGUCCUGGAGAAGGAGAGUUGCAAGGAUGUUGUCAUCGCCUUUUUCCUCUCCCUUCUGAAGAAAUUGAACACACUAUUAAAGCGGAGCACGACCGUUGAACGUGCAGCAACGUCGUCCCUCCUAGAGACCGAGGUUAGGUCGGCGGAGCUUAGGAGCAACCUCCUCCUCCUUCACCUCGUGCAAGGAUUGUCGGAUGUAGCCGCAGAAGGUCUCCCAAACAACCUCGAAGCUGUGGUAGCCUUUGUACAGGAAACCCUGGAGCGUGGUCUACAGCUACAACGAGAGCAGGAAGGAAGUUCCCUGGCGUCACAGUCUGUGCUAUUUAGUUUGACCAUUCUGGGCGUAGUCCUUGCCGAUUUUGACUUGCAGGGUGAAGGAAGCAACAUAUCCUCAUUGCAAAAGUGCCUCCCUAGCCUCUCGAUGAUCGCUAACGAAUACCACGACCCCGAACUAAGGAGCACAGCUCGGAACCUCCAUCUCACCAUUGCGGCUCACGGCGCGGUUUCUGCGUCGUCUGCUCGGGCCCCGGCUAGCAGACGAGCACCCGACUCCGAAUCGGAUGCCAAGAGUAUUGACCCUGCGAGACUGUCUAGGAUUUCGGAGAUAGCUGCCGGUUACGGACUUUGCAUCAAAGCUCAGCCGUACAGAGAGUUGGUGGUAGAUGACGCAGAGAGGAAGCAGUACGACAACGUUGAAUCGGAAAGCUGUCUGAUGGAGACACAUUUUAGAGGCAAGGAGUCAUCGAAGACACCUUACGAAGAGAUGUGGCAACAGCUACAAGAUCCGCUGAUCCCAGUACGGGGACACGCGUUCAUCAGUCUUCGAAAACUCGUCGAGCAACGGGAUGCGGAGACCUUGAAGAAUCGGGACGUUCUGCUGGAAACGUGUCACGCCGCGAUUCAAGAAGGGGACUCCUACAUCUACCUGAGUGCCAUUCAGGCGUUGGCAGCAUUGGCAGAUGAGAAUACAGACGCAGUCCUGCACGUUGUUGCCAACGAAAUGGUGUCUGAAAAGCUAUCAAUCGAGGCGAGGCUGAAUCUUGGCGAGGUGCUGUUGAGGACCUGCAGGAAUCUUGGUGAAAUGGCCCCAAAAUACAGGAACCUGUUAGUGAACUGCUUCCUCUGUGCCACAAAAGAUCCAGACCCAGUCGUCCGUGCGUCCGGUGCUUCGAACCUCGGGGAUCUGUGUGGAAAGCUUGGCUACUCUUUCACUUCCGUAACUCAGGAGGUUCUGACAUGCCUGCGCUCUUUGAUGAAAACUGAUCCAGAGAAUGCAGUGAGGAGAGCUGCUGUCCUGGCAGUGGCAUCACUCGUAAAGGGAAUGGGCUCCAAGCUCUUUGCAGUAAUUCCGGAAGAACUAAGGGCCCUGCACAGAGAACUGAAACAACUGUACGGUCACACAUCUGACGACAUUGCACGUCUUCAGGCGCAACUAGCUAUCGAAGAAUUCAACAGGGUGACGAGAGAGUUCCUGACACCGCAGCCGACUCUAGAGAAGACCGUACGUGUCUUGGAUUUUCCACACUGAAGAAAAGCUUCGUGGAGGUUGGCACAUACCGUUGCAAGAAGACACAGGGCAGCUCUGCUAAACAGAUUGGUUUCCUCUGCCGCGGACACAAGGAUACCACAGGCGAGAAGAUUUAACAAGGAGCUCUCCUGAAAAGAGAUUUUAUAAACAUUACUUUGUAAUAUCAAUAAAUUGACUCUUGAGACA